ACAGUGUAGGCAGUCUGUUGAGAAGCUUACCAUUUUUUGAUAAACAAACCGCUUGCUUGGUUGCAGGUCGCCUGUGCAGCUCGAGACCAAAAAGAAUGUAACACGUUCGAAGUCUUGCAUGCGAUUUUAUACCAGCCAGGAUAGCUAGUUAGCUUCAAGUUAACGUUAGAGUUUUCCUCCUGAAAUGACAAAAAGAAACGAAUUUUAUUUUCACCAUUCUACCAGCUAGCUAACGGUAACUAACUAGCUACGCGUCUGCGACCGAUUUUUAGGUAACGUCCAAUACAUAACUGUAAAAGCUGGUAACAUAAAUAGUAUAAAGCUAAAUAGAUCUGUUUAAACUUCAGCUGACUGGUUGUCAUCAACACUGCGAAAAUUAUCGCGUACAUUAGCUGGAAUCAUUUGAUAUUCCAGAGACAGCUAACAUUGCCUCGCUAUCCUAGCAGUCUUCGGUAAUCGUUUUACUUUUAUUUUAUGGACAAAAAGUCUGAGUACACGAGCAGAACAAUUUAUAGGUUACCAGCCGUUUCUGCCUGAGAAUAUCUUGUUUACUGAACUGCCUGAGUGAUUGGCUACCUAGCCGGCUAGCCUGCUAACCACUCAGUCGAAGGAACCUGGCAAUAGGUUGCUGCUAGCUCUCUGUCACUAGCUAACGUUACUCAUUUGACAGUUCACCUAGGCUACCUAGCUGAGAAGAGCCAGCUUAUAUCAGUUGAAACGGUUUAAGUCUAACGUUAGUGAGCAAAGACUACUAAAACUACUUCAAGGAAGUUACUUUGGAACAAAUAUUCAAAAUAGAUUUAACUUGGAUAUGAACAUUUCCUUUUUUCCAGGCACAUAAGCUUGUCGUCGUCUUUUUUAUCUUCCAAAUCGCCAAAUUUCCACUUAAAGAGCUAACAUUGUAGUGCAGUGGUUAGGUCUUGGUAACACUGUUAGGAAUAAUAGUUGAAUGGGAAUUUGUUCAGUUAAAAAGGGCAUUCCCGCAGCAAUCACUUCAAACCAGCAGAAGCUCCUAGGGAAGCGAAUCAGCUAGCUUGUUAUUAGCUACUUAAUUUGACCGUGCUGUUUUCCUUAUAAGCUGAAGCAACACAUUGAAAACCCUGCUUGGUAGGCUUGAGACUGUAUCUCGAAGCUUACAUAUCUAUCACUUGUCACUGUGUGGCAGAAAUAAUAGAAAACAUUGUAUUUGUAAUCCCCUCUAAGCGGAAACAGAGUGGCGAAAAAGCACAGUUGUUUUCUCAAUUCUGACCCGGAUUGUCAUUUUAUCGGUGUUAUUGUUGAAAAUGGCGGCGAUUGGAAUGGUGCAGAUGUUGAUCGAAGCUGCAGAAUAUCUUGAUCGCAGAGAGAGAGAAGCAGAACAUGGCUAUGCCUCUAUGUUACCCUUCACCAGCAACAAAGACAGGGACAAUCUAAAGAGGAAAAAUAAAAGCAAGAAAAACAACAGCAGCAGAUCGACACAUAAUGAGAUGGAGAAGAACAGGCGGGCACACUUACGGCUGUGUUUGGAACGCUUAAAAUCACUCGUACCCCUGGGACCAGACUCCAACAGGCAUACCACUCUCAGCCUGCUGAUGAAGGCCAAGGAACACAUAAAGCGGUUGGAGGAGGGCGAGCGGAAGGCGCAGCACGCCAUCGAGCACCUGCAGAGGGAACAGCGGCACCUGAGACGCCGGCUGGAGCAGCUGGGGGUGGAGCGCACGCGCAUGGACAGCACGGGCUCCACUGUGUCCUCAGACAAAUCAGACUCCGAACAGGAGGAGCUCGAUGUGGAUGUGGACGUGGACGUGGACGUGGAUGUGGAGGGUACUGACUGCCUGCUGGGCGACCUGGAGUGGAGCAGCUCCAGCGUGAGCGACUGGGACGAGCGGGCGAGCUGGCGCAGCAGCGGCAGCGACGAGGGCUACUCCAGCGCCAGCCUGCGUCGCCUGGCAACCCCUCAGGAGAACAGCCCCAAGAGCCCUGUGCUGGGCAGCCUUUAGGGGCGCGUCAGAGCAUCUCUGAUGCCCCCCACUUACAGCCCCCCCCCCCCCCCCCCCAAAUCUCCUCUGCCCAUUUGCGCACACACACACACACACACACACACACACACACACACACACACACACACACACACCCACCUACCCCCCAAAGGCCUGAUCCCUACUCCUGUACGCCGCCUCAUGCACUUCACUCGCUCAGCUUCACUCAGCCCUUACAGCUGCUGCCAAUGCCAACAACCUGUCAAUCAGUCCAAGGUGCCCCCGCCCUGCCCACAUGCCUACAUGCCUAGCACAACUCGCUGCCACCCGUCACCAUCAGAGCCAGAGCACACCAUCAGUCUCGUGUGUUUGUGUGGGACCUUAUCACCUCCGUCCCAGCCAGACGCCUUGAGUGCUAGGAGUUAGCUCCUCCUGGUCAGAGCAGAGUUGUUUUUGAAGAUUCAGCUACUCCUGUGUUGUUUCCCAGCCAGUCAGCUUGUAAGAAUCUCUCCGCUCCCUUCCCAUAGCCAACCGCCUGCCACCUGUCCUUAACAUGCAGGGCUUCAGUUGCUGUUCAUUUCUGUUCGCUUUCUCAUUUGCACAUUUUAUUCCCCAAUACACACACACACACACACACACACACUCAGUCACCUCAUCUCCUCUUAACUGCUUCAGUCAAAAACAAACAAACAAACCAAAAAAAAUGCAAACAAACAAACAAAAAAAACCAUACCUCAGCCAGAGAAUGUGAUCGUUUCUUUCACUCACUGCCUGUCUGCCUGUCAGUGUGUGGGGGCCACAUCUGAGCCUCUCGGCUUCAGCCAGCACUAACUUCCUGACCGCCUUCCCAUCCUCGCGCCCCCCCCCCCCCCCUCCCCCCUGUGCUGACCCCUGCAAACCCCACAACGUCCUAUCCCAUCGUCCCUCAGCUGCAGGUGCGGCACACACAGGGCUGGGUCACCUGACCCGCAGCUGACCUAUCAGAGGAUGGGAUUUUGCACUUAAAAAAAAUAGAGUACGGGAAGGCCUUGUCUGGGUCAAGAACUGUGCAUUUGUUGUUGUUGUUGUUGUUGUUGUUGUUGUUUUUUUGUUUUUUUAAUUUACUCUUCGUCUCCUAUUUUGUUUUUUCUCGUCUCUGCAAAGGGACUGCAGCUAUUGUAGUAAUGCACUGGGACAUAGUGUUUUUAGCUAGUCUUAAAAAUGAUCUACCUGCACUGUCCCUCGCCCCCUUCCCCCCCACCUCUCUCCCAUGAGAGUUUAUAGACUCUAAGCACCAAGUGUGAUGUCAUCGCCUCCUUCAACCACUAGAUUGGUGUUUCCAUGGCAGCAGCGCUGCAGCAAUACACACCCACCAACCAGGUGUUUUUCUUGAGGUGGAUCCCCAGUUCAGCUGAAGUGUACUUUGAACUGCUGAGAGAUGGCAGGCCUGUUUUAGCCUCUUUAUGAUUUAUCAGUGGUUCUUUUCAUGAUUUCAAACAAAUUAUCAUCAUUUAUUAUAUUUAAUGUUGCCUAACCCAGUGCUUUUACACACACUCCCACUGUUGAGAAGGCAUAUUGUUUUUUGAGAACUGUGUGCAGCAUGAGAUUGUAAAAGAGCAUUUUUUGGAGGGGGUGCGGGAGGAUUUGGAAUAGGGCUUAACAUUUUUUUAUCAAGGUGCUCCAUCUCUUUCUCUCCUUCUAAAGACAGUGACGUUUGUGUGUGUGUGUGUGUGUGUGUGUUUUUUUCAUGUCAUCUAUCCAAUGGAUAGAGGAAGAGAAGGGAAAGACUAAAGCAAUCUUAAAAGCACAUUCCACAUCUGACUGAAGAGGGAGCAGUCAAAAUAACGAAAGUAUCAUGGUGGGUGAGGACGUGUGUGUGUGUGUGUGUGUGUGUGUGUAUGUAUGGUCGGGUGGAUGGUUGUAUGUGGUGUGAUAGCUUACAGUAAAUGCAUGGGGAUGCAGGAAUCGACAGAAUUCACCCAGAGGUCACCCAACAACACAAAGGGGACCGCUGACUUAACUUUGUCCUUAACUUUGUCGGUAGCUGAGGCUCAAUGUCACUGUGUGUGUGUGUGUGUGUGUGUGUGUCCGUCCUAAAAGCUGUACAGUACUGCACUGCAGUACCACUCUUUCUGUCCUGCCCAGACUGUUCGUUUGUUAUUUCUAAGAUAGUCAUUUUUAUGUAAAUAGUUUAACAGAAAGAAAGAGAGGAUAUAUAUAUAUAUAUAUAUCAAAGUAUUUAUAUUUGAUCAAAAAUACUUUAAAAAAACAAAUAUCUAUCAAAAUAAAUUCAUAUAUAUAUAUAUAUAUGAAUAUUUAUAUAUUAAUAUUUAAGUAGGAAUUGCCUCAGUAGUUUUGUUUGUUGUUCCAGUUGUGAGGUUUUUUAUGUGAAACUUAUUUUGCACACAGCAUUGUGAAUCUGUUUGGCAUUAGAGCUGUUUUAAACUUGGAAUAUUUGUGUACAUCUAGAGCUAGAACCCAGUGCUCUUUAGAAUAAAAAACAUUUGAUCAGUUUUGUUGAUAUUGAACGUUUCCUACAUUUUUAUUUUUUGUUCUUGUACACAAAGGAUAUAUUACAAAAGUCCUCUCUAACAAAAAAAAUUGCAAAUAGUUGAAAAACGGAGACUUGGGGCGAAAAAAAGUUUAUAAAAUGUGAAAAGGGAAGCCUUGUUUUGGUGCAGUAGGUGAUGCUGCUAUAGUAAGAAGAGUCAUUGCUGGGUUGAGGCCCUUUUAGAGUGCCUGAGAGUGUAGAACAGGAAAUGGCUCCUCAUUUGCUGUUCCUCCCCUUAGUUUUGGCAGUGUGUAAAAUGGAGGACACACGGGGAUAGGGAUGAGAGAGAGAGUGAGAGGAGAAAAGAGAUUCCGUAUCUGAAUGUAGUUAGUCAUCCUCUCCCCAACUCAUUGCCAGUGGGACCUCACUCAGCCUGCAAAAUUCUCAAGAACUUGAAAGAAAUGCACCAAAAAAAAAAAACAAUUCUGAUGAAAACUAAAAUGUAUUGCUAUAAUACUUAUUAUUAUUAUUAUUAUUAUUAUUAUUAUUAUUGUAUUAAUAUUAUUCACUAUUUGUGUGUGGAAUGCUGCUUCUUGUGUAGUUUCUUUAUCGAUAAAAAAAACAAUAAUAUAUUGAAGUUUGAAAAGUAAAGAUGUAGCCUUGGGAAUUUGGGAUGUGUCAAUAGCAUUAGUGGCGGUUAGCAUUAGCUUGCCUGAUAAUGUGCGCCCAGCUCUUGGGUGCGUCGGCAUGAUUUGUAUCAUCUUGUUGAAAUGUGUUUGAUUUUUGUGCGCGUGCCGUCACUGUCUAACAGAACGAGAGAAAGAGCCCCGUUGGAGAGGGGCGAAGUUGAGGGAGAGGUUUUUUUUUCUUUUCAUUUUUUUUCAAUGCCAUUUCUGUGAAUAUGCUUGGGGUUCUUUUUACUCGUUACAAGUAUGGAAAAAAAGGUGCAGAAUCAAACAAAAAAGGCUCUCACUCUCAAAAGCUCUUCGGUGUGAAGCCAUGUCAUGUCUUAAAGCCACCAAUGCACCCUCCUUCCACGUGAAUACCCUGCAAAAACACACACACACACACACACACACACCCAUGCGCAUUGUUAUGUGUUCCACACACCCCCACCCGCCCCUUUGUUAGCGUGGUCCGUCCUUUUCAUCUUCAUGGUGCAGAGAGUCAGGUUUAGCUUUCCCCAGCCUCUGUAGACUCCUUUGGAAGACCUUUUUGGUGCUUCGACAUCUGUCCUUUGUAACAGAUGUGGGAUCUUUGAAAAAAUUACUACUGUAUUUAUUAAUGAUGGAAAGAAAUAUACAUGCCCACAGUUUGCUAUCGCUCCGUCCCAUCACAGCUAUGGAUGUCACCGUGGGAAGCAAAUGUCAUUUUGUUCUCUUCUGUUUUUGUAUAUAUCGGUUUAUGUGCAUAGGGUACAAAAUGGCUGAUGCCUUAAAGACACACACAAUGUAUGGGAUGAAUAUAACGUGACAAAAUAUAUGUUUAUGGUUAGCAAACGGAUGUAUAUCAGAAAAGGUCAUUCCUGCCUGAGACGAGGCUCUCUCCAGAUGCACACAUGCAUACACAUACACAUAUACACACACACACACACACACACACACACAUACAAAUGCAUAGACACAGGUCGGAGCAGACUCAGGCCUCAGUCAGAUGUGAGUCAGAUGUUUGUGUCUGCUGUAGAAUCAAAGAUGGACAUCUUUUUGUGCUGUCACUUUUUAGAAUUGGACAAUUUGGAUGUUGAGAAAAAGAAAUUCAAUAAAAAAAACAUGUUUAAAAAAA